AGCAGAUGACUGACAUGACAGGCUCGGCACGCAGAUUCACCUCGAAUCACGGAAGCGCCUUCAUCACUCGGAUUACCAAAUCGGCUCAUUAAUAUUUAUGUACGUCGGAUUACUAGCCAAUCACAAAGCGCGUUCAUCAGCCGGCUCAUUAAUAUUUAUGAUAAGGGAAAGUGCCGUAUCCGUAGGCCACAGGCUACGGGUACGGGUCCGUAUCUGUAGACACUACCAUUAAAGAAUAGGUUCAGCUCAGAAGCAAACUCUGGGUCUCCUUCAGUUCUGGGUGCAGGUCUGUUGAAGCCUGUCAUCCGUUUCAUUCCACUCCACAGCUCUCUGGAAUUCUCCUGCCCCAUCUUGGCUUCUAUCUUCUCCCUGCAGCUGUUCCUGGCCUCCCUCAGUUUCUUCUUGAGCUCCUUCUGAACAGCCCUAAAACUGUCCCAGUCCUUAGCCAUGAAAGCCCUCUUUUCCUGUUAAGGAGGCCUUUAAUGUCUUUAUUGAUCCAAGGCUUGUUGUUGGAGACGCAGCGGAUCUUUUUGGUCUGGACAAUGUUGUUCUCACAGAAGCGGAUGUAGUCUGUGAUACAGUGGGAGAGGGCUUCAAUGUCCUCACCAUAGUCCUCCUUAAAAAGGUCCCAGUUCGUGACAUUGAAGCACUCCUGCAGCGCCUCCUCUGUGUCCUUAGACCAAACCUUUACAGUCCUCGUGGUGGCCGCCUGCUGAGGAACAGACGUCGUAUGAGGGUAGGAGAGAGUUAGAGGCAGGGUGGGAACACCGGGAAAAUACAAAGAAGAGAGGAGAAAAAGCAGAUGAACUUUAUAGAAAUAUGAGCCAUGGGCCUGCGUUCACCAGUGGGAAGCUGUCUGUUUUUCCUUGGGUUAUGUGGGAUCUGUGCAGGAUUUGUACAAGAGAACUGUACCAACUACAAGCUCCAGUUUGAGAGAGUUUUCUCUGUUCCUGGAGAUGUGGCUAUGCUGAAUAGCACGCUGGUCUCCCCAGAAGUCUUCAACUUCACAACUGUCCCAUACAACAUCACCUGGUACAACUCAAAAACAAGAGAGGAAAUGAACAACACAAUCGGUCAAAUCUUGGUGUAUGGAGAGACCUUGUGGUUUCUUAACGUAACCCUGGACGACGAUGGGGAAUAUGUGGCCGUAGUGAGAACUCCUUCUAAGUGCUACAUGCAGGCCACCAAGCUGGUAGUGGAUCUGCCAGUUCCUGGAGAGUGUGGGAGGCCACGGAGAGCUUUUCAACCACUAACAAAUGGAGCUUCUGACACCCUGCACUGUCCUCUGAAGGACUAUAUCGAUAAACUUGACAGCUACAACAUGACCUCCUCUGUCCAGUGGUACAGAGGCUGUGAUCCUAUAGUGGAUGGGAUAGAUGAGUAUAGCUACUGGGAUGUGAACAAACUGUCGAUUGCCGAGGUGGGACCUCAACACAACUGCCUCUACACCUGCACUUUGACAUUCACCCUUGGUGGCGUUUUGGGGUCUGUGUCAGAGACCAUUAGUGCAGAAGUCAAAGAUUUUCAUUUGGCUCCACAAGUGCAUGAACCAGCAAAUGAAAUAAUCAAGGCAUUGAAGGGGUCCAAAUUCAGCAAGAGGUGCCUUGUGUUUGUCCCGGGUGUUGAGACCCCUUUCAUUGAUGUCUUUUGGUUUGCCAGAGGUGAUUUUAUUUUCACUACCAACCCCUCUGAUCGCGUCUACACAUCAGAAGCACGAAUGUGGAGCCAGCAUGAUCAUAUUAAAGGUACAUGGAUAGAGCGGAUGUUGAUGAUUUCUGAGCUGAAGAAGGAGGAUUUCAACAUCAGCUACACCUGUCAAGUGCACAGUUCGCGGGGCAUUCCUAUGGGACAUUUUACUCUUCUGCAAGCAGCUCCAAACAUCCUACUUCCCAUUGGAUUGGUGCUUGGUGGUGCGACGAUUCUCUUUAUCAUCAGUGUCAUCGUCUGCUAUAUCUUUAAGAUUGACAUUGUGCUGUGGUUCAGGAAGGCGUUUCCAGUCCUCUAUAAAAAUAAAGACCUGGAUGGGAAAUUAUAUGAUGCCUAUGUGGCAUACCCACAGCCCUACGACUUUGGAUUCAGCAACGAAGUGGAGACAUUUGCCCUUCACACGCUGCCUCAAGUGUUGGAAAAGGCCUGCGACUACAAACUCUUCAUAGCGGGCCGUGACUGUCUGCCUGGGCAGGCCACAGUGGACUCUGCGGAAGAAAACAUACAAGCCAGUCGCCGUCUCCUCCUACUCUACACUGCCUCCACUUUUAUCAGAAAAAGACACACAUGCAGCACUAGCAGUAACAAUAACAACAUUUCUAAAAGCAGUGAUAUCAGCGAUAAAGGUGAAAUCAAGACAAGUGAAACCAGUGACAGCAUGACAUGUGACUGUAGUGAUAAAUCCUAUCCGGACACGAUGCAGCAGUUCGAGUGUGUGGCAGCUAUGUACAGAGCGCUCCUGGAGGGAUCUCUUAAGGUGGUUCUGGUGGAGUUGGAGGAGAUCACACCAGCUCAACUGGCUCUAUUCCCAGAGUCAGUCCGUCACCUGAGGAAGAAGCAGGGUGCUGUGUGUUGGUGGAAGAACCUGAAGACAAGGCAAAGGCGGAGGACAUGUAUGAGCAGGAAAGAAGACGAGGAAAACGGUGGAGAGGACUCACAGUGGUCACCCUCCCUCUCCCCUUCCUCCACGUUUUGGAAGGAAAUGAGAUAUCAUAUGCCAGUCAGGGGCAAGAGGGUGGUGUAUCCUGAGAAAACUGCCCUACUAAGCUUAUGAUGGCAUAUAUGUGUGUGUCAAAUGCUGAACCAAAGCUGAACUGGUUUCCAAUGCAAAUGUGUGAGGUUGUCAAUUUCCUCAUACAGAGACAAUUCAGGAAUACUCUGUUGUUACCAGAAGUGAUGACGUACACACUCCAAAUCAAGACAACACAGUUACAACCAAAGGCACUCCUGAUAAAAAUGUCACCUCAAUGAGUAUAUUUUGAGUUUACCUUCUGUGUAACUUUCCAUGUAGCGCAUUUCAGAUUUUUUUAAAAAGUAUGGCAUGUGCUGAAAUCAUAGUGCCUGAUCAGAGUCUGUUCCACCCAUAGUUGACCUGCACUAUUGUAUGAACUUGACAUCCUCUGACAGGUGUAGACUGAAGGAUCAUGUCAAACAAAGAAGAUGUGAACAAACCAAGUGGAUCAGAAAGCAUUGAUAAAUGUACAUAUGUAACAUUAAAGUGUAAAUAUGUAAAACGUAUAUAUAUAUACACAUUUCUACAGCUUCACAAAAUGUCACAGAGCAAACUGUGAACUUAUUACAUGUUCUGCCAUAUAUUUACUGUUAACAAACCACAGAAAAGGAACUGCAAAGAACCACAGAGAAAAAGAGAUGUAUAUUUUUAUGAAAAAUGCAUAAAUGUUUGUAUGUUAUUUAUACAGGCUGUGCCUUACAACCAGAAAGCACAAGAAUUAAGUUAAAUGUUGAAAAAAUCCUGUAAAGCAGCAAUGACUGCAGCCUGCCAUGGAACACAAACUGUUCACCACACACUUCAUGUCCAACGGUAGAAGAAACACUGGAUCAAAAUUCAGAAGUGAAACAAGAUUCAUGAUGUGUUAACAGUCAUUGUUAAGCUCAGUUUCAUCAAUAAAAUUUGCAGACAAAAACUAA